UGGUCUGCUCUUUAUGCCUGGAAUGUCGCUGCCUGGUUAUGUAACCAAAGCCAGCAGCAGUUUACACUUGGUUACAGAGGGGUAGCUCAAAAGACCAUGGUGGGAGAAAGGUGACGUCUCUUUCGGCAAAGCAAUAAAGGAGCGAGAUAACGAAAGCUGUAAGUGUCAUCGUCUGAAAGGUAGGAUAGGAUUGAACAGAGACGAAGAUGCUCUUGUGAGAUGAUAUUUUGUGGCUUUGUUCGUCUUUCCAACGGGAGCUCAUGUUGCUGCUGAGAUUGGAGGUUUGUCUUCUAGGAGAUAGGUUCACCUUGAUCUUUUGAUCUCUCAUGCCUGCUUGUCCUUGGCAACCUCUCCCUCCUGUUGCCCAUCUGUGUCACCGCGUCCUUGUGCUUCUGUUCUUCGUCCUUCAGACACUGUGUCGACAGCGGUGUGUGCGGUGUUGGUCGACUGAAAGCUCGAGUUUUGGUCUCGGCGAUGUAAUUGAGAGACUCGGUGGCCAAGACUUCUCGAAGAGGAAGUAAGACGGAAGAAACUACCGCUGCCAGCAUCACGUGCAGACCACCACCAGCAGGAGCAGCAGGAAGUGGAGCGGAAGAUCGCGUCCUCAUCGGUUGCCACGGCUUCGACUUCCAAGGAAGCCCAUCUUUCGGAGAAGAUGGGGGAGGGCCAAAACCACCACGGAGGCCUCGGCUUCCGCCAACUUGCUGUCCAUGACCGCCACCAGCAGCGGCUGGCGCAGCCCCGCUCGGGAUUUGGAAAGCUGAGGGGCGCCGGCGGGGAGAUUUUGGAGGAACAUGGGGGUAGCAUUGUGCGGUCCACCGGCCAGAAAGACUGCCACAGCAAGGUGUGCACCGCCAAGGGCCCCCGCGACCGCCGUGUCCGCCUCUCCGCGCACACUGCUAUCCAGUUCUACGACGUGCAGGACCGCCUUGGCUACGACCGCCCAAGCAAGGCCGUCGAUUGGCUCAUGAAGAACGCUAAGGCCGUCAUUGACCAGCUCGCCGAGGUCCCAGCCUGGACCCCCACCUCCACCUUGACCGCUGCCAUUACCUCCACAUCCCGUGUACCUCCACCAUCCAAUCAAUCCCCGGUUGCUGAACCAGAUGUCAGUAGUGCCUUCAGCUUUGGCGGUGGUGACGGUGGCGGCGGCGGUAGUGGGAGUAAUUGUCUUCUCCAGCCAUCGUUGGACUCCGAUGCCAUUGCCGAUACCAUGAAGUUCUUCAUCCCGAUGGCUGCUACUGGCACCGCAACUUCACCAUCCUCCAGCUCUCCGAUCCGCGUCCAGAACUACCCGCUGGGACUCCUGCCGCGAUCCACCACCCAAACUCAAGACCUCUGCCUCUCCCUCCAAUCAUUCCAAGAUCCGAUCUUUAACCAGAACCCAACUCCGUCCGCUCAUAAUUCUCUACUCGCUGGCUCCGCCCGCUUGGGUUUUGACCACCCCGACUCUGCCAGUUGGGCCGAACACAAGCAGCGAAUGGCUCCAUGGAAUGUAGCGGAGACGAGCGACGGUGUUGGCCAUGGAGGAUUUCCUUUCAGCGUUCCACCACCACAGGCGGUGCCGACGCACUCGGUGCUCUGCCCGAGCCAGUUAUUCUCUCAGAGGGGGCCCCUUCAGUCCAGUAACUCGCCUUCAGUCCAUAGCUGGGCAGAACCCAUGGCGGCCAACGCCGAGAUCCAGAUGCAUCCGGGGCUACAUCACUCUGUUUCUUCCUCUACAUUCCAGCACGGGUUCAGGGCGUAGAGGAGCAUGGCGGCAUCUCCAACAAGCUGCGCUCUGUUUCCUCUGCUUCUCGCCAUCGAUGCAGUGGAAUGAAACAACUAGACCAUCUCCAAUUACUACGGCUGAAAAUUUGCGAUCUUUGCGUUAUCCAUAGAACUGCUUGGUUCGUGGCAGAAAGUGAAGCCGAGCAACAACAUCGCCUACAUCUGCUGGAAAUCCAUGUCUUCGGUCGGUUCUUUUCUUCUCUCUGUUCCUUGUCCAUUGGUUCCUCUGCCUUGUUAGUCUCAGUUGUAGUCGUCUUUGUUGUUGUGAUGUUCUGUAGUCACCUGGCAAUGACUUAAUAGAUUUGUUCUGUUCUGUCCAAUAGUUAAUGAAUAAGCUUUGAUUGGAAGUGCAAAAGGAGCAGCAUU